UACUGGAAAUCGUGUCACAUUCCCUGCCUUUUCCUACAGCAGGUUGGGUAUUGCUCAAACAUGGCUACACUUCCUGUUCAAGAACCAGAUCUCACCAUCAUCCUUCUUGGGAACUCUGGAGUUGGUAAAAGUGCUUCCGGAAACACCAUCUUGGGUCGACCAGCAUUUUUAUCAAGACGAGCCUUCACUUCAGUGACAAAAGAAAUCUCCAAAGUCACAGCGCUUUUGUUUGGAAAGAAGAUCACCGUGGUCGACACUCCAGUAGUAUUUGGGUUUGAAGAAACGAUUACAACCUGGUGCCAGAAAAACCUGAAGUCUUCUGGACCUCGUCUGUUCCUGGUGGUGGUUAAAAUAGAUCGAUUCACCAUAGAGCAGAAGAAUGCAGUAGAGGCAGCUAUCAGAGUCAUCAGGGACCAAAAAGCCAACUCUUUCCUGCUCUUCACCAGAGCAGAUGACCUGGGUGAUCAGUCCCUGGAUGAUUUCAUCAAUGCAGAGCCAGACGGUCCACUCAGACCGAUUGUUGAACAGUUUGAACGAAGAUAUCACGUGUUCAACAAUGAAAACGGAGGACCAGAACAAGUCAAGGAGCUGCUGGAAAAGUCGGGCCACCUCAGAGACCUGAGAGGACAGCCUGCCCAUCUUCAAAUUCAGCCUGUGAAUCUUCCAAGGAGGAGGAUUGUGCUCCUCGGCUUACCAGGAAUUGGAAAAAGUUCAUCAGGAAACAACAUCCUGGGAUCAGAGCAGUUCAGGUCUGCUAGUGGCUUUAAUGCGGGCAGCACAGAGACCACGUCUAAAUCAGCCGCAGUGGAAGGACGUCACGUUACUGUGGUCGACACCCCUGGACUCACCGGGAGAACUCUGACUCCUAAGAAGCUGUUUGAGGAGAUCAUGGGGUCAAUAAAGAUGGCUGAUCCAGGUCCACAUGCCUUCGUGAUCGUGGUCAAAAUCGGUAGAAUCUACGACAUGGAAAUCAAAAUGUUUGAGCUUGUAGAGAAACUCUUUGGCAAAGAUACUCAGAAGUACGUGAUGGUGCUUUUCACCUAUGGGGAUGAGCUCAGGGGGAGGUCCAUUUCUGAUAUGAUCGAUGGGAACAGACAUGUUAGACAGCUGGUCUCCAGGUCUGCUGGUAGAUUCUAUGUGUUUGACAACACAAGGAGAGCAAACAGGAUGCAGGUGAUUGAGCUCCUGAAUCAAAUUGAUGGGAUUUUUAGAGCUAGUGGUGGAAAACACUACACUCCUAAAAUGUUCAAUAGUGCUCUAAGCUUUGAAAUGAAUGUUGCCAUAUGGUGGGAGAAACUUGGCGAUUGGUUCAGGAGUUUUCUAAAGUGUUGUGAUGAAAGCAACGCAGGGGGGAUUGCCAGGGGUGCUGUGGUUUAAUUCACUCCAUUCAAUUUGCAGUGAAAGUCUGGAGCAUCCUGAUCUUUGUGAUGAGGAUCACACUUAGAACAGAUCAAAUACAUUUACGGAGAGAAAAGAGCUCAGAGAUGCAGCGAUCAGGAUUUUUACUGUUAAUACUGAUCACCUUUAGAUAAGAUUAGGCGAUACUGAUCAUUUUUAGUGUUUGGUAAAUCUGCUGCUUUAUUCUAUUUAGCGUUGUAAUGUCCUGUGACCUCCUACAGGGGGCAGUAUAGCCAACAACAUGCUAAGACUUCGUGUGUUCAACAAACUAGAACAAAAACCUCCUAAAGAGUCAUGAAUCCUGCCGACAACGGCAGUUAUGCUUUAGACUAUCUUCUUUGAGGACAGAGUCAGGGCACAGCUGGUCUCUGGGACAAGCUUUUUUUCUGGACAACAAUAAAAGGAGACAGGUACAGGGCAGCCAAGCUAGAACGGAAAUAGUCCCACCUUUCACAGGUAACCAUAGCACAGAAUUGUCACAGGAUAAGUGAACAUAAAGGCAGACGUCCUGUCAUCGACAGACUGAAGCUGGGACUCUCUGAUAACUACAGCUCUUCACACCGACACCCAGAAUAAUAAAGACAACCUGGAUAAUUCUGUAGGAUUAUGGGAGUAAAUUCACACAAUUAUUCAUGGGCUGAAAUAUUAUUUAGCAAGUAGUCCAAUUAAUAGGAGGUAAUAAUUCUAAGAGCAUUAAAUUAUUUUUACAACCGAUCAAUUAUUUUUUGAUAAGAAAAAUAAAUUCAUCUUGUAAAAAGCACAUUUAUUCAAGGUCCUCAUCAAAACCUGUAUGUAUAUGUAUAUAUUUUUAAGUAUCAUGGUUUUUUAAUGGAUUUUAUAAUGGUUUUUUUAAUAAAUGAUGGUAUAAACUGACUGAAAUGAAUGUGAGUUAACAAUAAUCAAUAAGUAAUUAUGGUCAAAUCUGACAUUUCAUGUACUGACUGUUAACGUUUCUUAUUAAAGGGGACAUAUUCUAACCCUUUAAGACAGGUUUAUA